AUGACGCAACAUCCUCCCAAAGUUUUCGCGGGAGUAAUCGACAGAGAAUCUGAGCGUGCUUGGUCAGAUAUCAAGGACCAGACCGAUCUUAUUUUGACACAAAACCUUCCCAAGAAAGCGUACCUCGAUGCUCCAAACGUCGUCAUUGCAUUAAAGCAUUUUGACCUCUCCAUGCACGACGACCACUUAAGUAAAGCCAUCGGCGUCAAGGCAACUACCGAAUGCAUUGAGAGAGACUACUUCCAUACCCGCCUCAGUGUCUGGGGAGAUGGUCAAAUGAGCUCUUCUGGCUGCGCCUGGCUGGCAUACCAGGCCACAGACAACAGGUUUCGAUCCGGCACGGUCAGGACGUCACGCCGCUCCAAAAUGCCCUCAAAGUUUCCGAUCGAGUUUGAGACACCCUUUGAAGGUGAUCACCUUCCGACAGUCCUUGUGUGGAUUAGUGGCUUCCAGAUGGGUUUCGAGGGCACUUGGGAGCUGAAGGCGUUUGCCACAGAGAGGCAGAAGACCGGCUUCACGUUGGUAGUCGAGAAAGGGACCGAGACAAACCUGAACCAAGGCCUGUUCUCAUGGCUCGCUUUCAUGCCGGAGGAAGAUGGAGUUGCCGGUGGGAGGGUUGAAAAUAUCAAAAUAGGCGAUGGAGAGGGCACGGUUGCUGCGGAUAACAGUCACGUUUGGACUGACCCACAGGACGUCCCAUUUGGGAAGACAUUGGAAGGGGUGACCAAGGACAAUGUGAUGGUGGGAAUAUCCGCCAUCAACUUCGACGAGAAGGUUGGGGGAAUGAGGUUGUGUUAUAAGCCAGUAACGGUCAAUGAUGAUAAGAAUGGUAUGAAACUUAUAUCGGGUACUUGGUGGAGGGCCAUCGUACGCUCUGCUACAAUGUCAUGGGUUGCGGUGGCUUGA